AAUUCCAUUACAUUCGCUAGACACGGAAAGAGGAGGAAAUGUCAGACGCAGAGAAGGAAGGAGAAAUUCCAGAGACGGAAAAGGAGGAGGAAAUCGACUACGACGCGUUUUCCCCUGAGGAGCUCUUUGAGAAGGGAAAAUUCCUCUUUAAGGAGAGAAAAUACGAGGAAUCCGCCGAAUAUUUUUCCAGGGCGCUGGAAAGGAGGAGCGGAGAUGAGCCAAUAGAUCCGUCGCUGCGUGAAAAUUACCUCUGGUUUGCCGACGCUUUGUUGACCAAAGAGGAGCAGAGCGCCGCAAUUUUUUCUUCCGACGUGAAUGGAGGAGGAAAUGAAAACAUCCCAACGGCUGAGAGCGUCAUAACAGCUGCGAAUAACGACGAAUCUCUUGCGUUUGAGUUGUUCCAGCUGGGAUACGAGAGCUACAAGAAACAUUUUGAGACUCUGAAAGAGAAUGUACCAAAGGAGGAAGUCCUGGACUGCUCCUACUGCCUCGUUAGGAUAGGGGACAUGUACUUUACCAAUCAUCAGUUUGAAGAGUCAGCAAAGGAAUACCAGAAUGCGAUAAAACUCCGAGAGGAACACAAAUUACCUGUAAAGCAUCUCGGCUCACUCUACAUUUCCCUUUCUCAAAGCUUGAUGUUUAAUGGGCAGCUAAAAGAAUCCUUGGAGAAUUUCAAAAAGUGUCGAGAUUUACUCCAGGAUUUGGCCAAGGAAUCCGAAGGAGAGGAGGAGAAGAAGAAUGUGGAGAAUACACUUGAAGACGUUUCCAUCCAAAUUGAGGACCUGGAAAAGCUAAUUGAGGCUAACAAGAACAACCAGGGAGCCACCAAGGGAAGUCAGAGCAACGCAGCAUCUUUGGUUCCAAAAACCACGGGGAAUUUGGACGAGAAGCAGUUGGAUUCCACUCAAGUAAAGUCUGUAACCAUUGAUAUUGGUGGAGGAAGUUCCUCUGGGAAGAAACGUAGAAUAGAUUUGACCAAAGUUUACGAGUGAACGCGCACCUUAAUCUGGGGAGGUCCACUUCCUCUGUUACUCAAUAUCUUCCAUAAAUU